AACUGUUGUGUUGUCUGUUAUUGUGGUUUGUCUUAUAAGUGGGACGUGAAGGUCUUAUAAAUUUGUGAAAAUUUUAAACAGAUCGAUCACAUGAUUCUGUUAUUCACUUGUUUAUUUGUUUAUGAUUGUUCUAAAUCUUUUAUUUUCAUUAUGAAACAAAAUAUUGUAUCCCACUCUGUACCUUGUAUUUUAAUCUGACAUCUAAUUAGAACUUAAUGAUUAUCUUGAGCUAGAUGUUUAUUUUGGCUUUGUGUUAAUUUCGUUUGUAUGUGAUUAAUAUUUCGUUUCGGAACUUCGUGUCUUGUGAUUAGGAUAUGGCCGAUGGGCAUGUCAAUAAUGUGAGUGAUGAAGAAGAUGAUUCAGAAAACAACUGUUAUCAAUAUGAACUGAAAGGUGUCCUCAGUAAAUGGACAAAUUACAUUCAUGGCUGGCAAAGAAGGUUUAUUGUUUUAAAGGAUGGAACACUUUCCUAUUACAAAUCAGAACAAGAAACUGGCUUUGGAUGCAGAGGUGCUAUUAGUCUUUUUAAAGCAACAAUCAAGGGCCAUGAAUUUGAUGAAUGCAGAUUUGAUGUUUGUGUCAAUGAUUGUGUCUGGUAUCUCCGUGCUGAUAGUCCUGAAGAUAGGCAGUACUGGGUAGACAUCCUUGAAGCAUUCAAGGCUGAAUCAGGAUAUGGUAGUGAGAACAGUCUAAAACGCCAUGGCAGUGCUCUUUCUCUUGCGUCCAACACAAUCUCUACUGCUUCAAACUCCAGUUUCAAGAAAGGAUUGGCUUUGAAAGAAAAACUGGCAGAAAUGGAAACUUAUAAAGACAUACUUUGCAACCAGAUGAAAACUCUACAGGGAUAUUUUGAUUCAUGUGCUGAGACAGCAGCAAACAAAUCUCCAGGAGAGGUGGCAUCAGAUCAUGCUCUACAAGCUGUGGAUUUUAAGGGCGAGGCCCUGACUUUCCGAGAGACAACUGGCGCCAUGCUGUCAAACCUACAACAUUGCCUGGAUGCGGUGGGACAGCGUGAAGAGGUGUGGCGGCGGCGACUGGAACGUGAAGUAGAUCGACGCAAGGUCCUGGAACAAGCAUACCUUUCUUCAGGCAAGGGCAAGGUGCAGAGUCCUGAUCAGGAGGAAGGACCACACAGCACCCUCAACGAGGAUGAAUUCUACGAUGCUGUGGAGACAGGAUUGGACAAGCUGGAGGAAGAGGUGAUGAUGCGAGAGAGGAUGAAGCAACCGACCAUCAUUGCUAAGUCUCUUACAGCCAAGCCCACUCACCACCGGCUCUGGCCUGAGAUCCAAAGAGUUACCCAGGAGCAGGUGCACUAUGCCAAGCUGGGGGUCGGUGAGGUGGAGAAGGGAGGGUGGCAGCUGUUUGCAGAGGAGGGUGAAAUGAAGAUGUACCGCCGGGAGGAGGAGGUCAAUGGACUGGUGAUGGAUCCGCUGAAAGCGUGUCAUGUCGUUAAGGGUGUCACCGGCUACGAGAUGUGCCACUAUUUCUUCAGUCCACAAUACAGGCAUGAAUGGGAAGCGACGGUUGAGCAGAUGACUGUGGUGGAGACAAUUCGUGAGGAUACUCUCGUGUUCCACCAGGUCCAUAAGCGAAUAUGGCCGACAACACAGCGCGAUGGAUUAUUCUGGUCGCACAUGACACGGGUGCCUGAUGCACGGGACCGUGACUCCUCUGACUACUGGGUGGUAGUGAACAACUCAUUGAGCGACACUGGAGGCUACCAGCUCAAAAGCAGCAGUAAAUGUGUUCGGAUACACCUCACUGUCUGCAUGCUGUGUCAGACUAUAGUUACGCCACCAGGUCCUGACGAGACUGUCGAGCGGGAUAACAUCACAUGCAAGAUCACUUACUGCUCCGUCGUAAAUCCAGGAGGUUGGGUGCCAGCCUCUGCCCUCCGUGCUGUCUACAAACGAGAAUACCCCAAGUUCCUUAAGAGAUUCACCAGCUACGUCAUCUCGCAGACCAAGGACAAGCCUAUCAUGUUCUAGUCUCACCUCAACCUUAUAUUGUAAUAUAUUAUUUUUGUAUUUACUCAUGUGACAAUUUUAGUUGUAAUUUAUUAUAUUACUGCAUAUUAUCUUUGUAAAUAAGAUGACUAUUGUACUGUAUUUUGAUAAAACUAAGGUGGAUAAAUAAUUGUUGAUUUCA